AUGACUUCACCAAUAAUUGAUAAGUUUAAACAACUUGACGCGUAUGCAAAAACUUUGGAAGACUUUAGAAUAAAAACUGCAACUGGUGCUGCAAUUACCGUCACCGGAAGUUUUGUUAUGAUUUUGCUGUUUCUAUCAGAACUUAGUAUGUACAUGUCUCCGAAUAUUUUCGAAGAAUUAUUUGUUGAUACAUCAAGAGGUCAUAAGCUUCGUAUAAAUUUCGAUAUAACCGUACCCAGAAUUUCAUGCGAUUAUUUGGUAUUGGAUGCAAUGGACUCCUCAGGGGAACAACAUCUCCAAAUGGACCAUAACAUACAUAAAAGAAGAAUAGAUCUGGAUGGAAAUCCUAUUGAAGAGCCAAAGAAAGAAAAUUUCAUCACUUCAUCGCAAAUAAUCAAUCACAAGAAUACCAGUGUUGCCAAAGUCGAAUGUGGAAGCUGUUAUGGAGCUGCAUUCAAUGAAACACAAUGCUGUAAUACAUGUGAAGAUGUUAAAGAAGCUUAUAGGCUACGAAGAUGGGCUUUGCCAAAUCUUGCAACAAUUGAACAAUGCAAAGAUGAUGAAUCAAUAGAAAAAACAAAUCUAGCCCUAAAAGAAGGUUGUCAGAUAUUUGGCUAUAUGGAAGUUAAUAGAGUAGGAGGUAGUUUUCACAUAGCACCAGGGAAAAGUUUUACUAUAAAUCAUGUUCAUGUACAUGAUGUGCAGCCAUUCUCUUCAUCUGCUUUUAACACAACACAUACAAUAAAUCAUUUGUCAUUUGGAAGCAAUAUCAAAAGUGGCAAUACUGCUCCAUUAGAUGGAGUUAUUGGUCUGGCAAAAGAAGGUGCGGUCAUGUUUCAAUAUUAUUUGAAAAUAGUUCCAACUAUGUUUGUAAAAUUGGAUAAGUCUGUUUUACACACAAAUCAAUUUUCGGUAACGAGACAUCAAAAAUCAGUGUCAAAUGUGAACUCUGAAUCUGGUAUGCCAGGUGCCUUCUUCAGCUAUGAACUCUCACCGCUUAUGGUAAAAUAUACAGAAAAGGAGAGGUCAAUUGGACAUUUUGCAACCAACAUUUGUGCAAUAAUAGGAGGAGUCUUCACAGUUGCUGGUAUAUUUGAUACACUAUUAUAUCAUUCGCUUAAUGCCUUUCAAAACAAGAUGUUAUUGGGUAAAACUGGCUAA